AUGUCUGCAAUAAGAAAGAGCAGGCUCUUUGUCGUUGGUGCCAGUCUCAUAAUUGGCUUGAUUAUCUUCCUCUCCAUUCCAUCUCAAAGAGUCUCUGCUAUAAGUUCAAGUGACGACCAAUUACAGCGAGCUGACGUUGGAUAUGGUAUAUCUCUCAAACCGGAAAAGUCUCUGCACGAGAAUUAUGAUGUGAAUUCGAAAGAUUCUGAACAUGGGACUACUUCGUCUGGUGCUUCUUCGUCUGGGGCUUCUUCUUCUUGUACGGAAAAAAAGGAAUAUGUGGUGAUGAUUGAUGCCGGCUCUACUGGUUCUAGAGUUCAUGUUUAUACGUUUGACACCUGCUUCAGUCCACCUAAAUUAUUGGAUGAGCAAUUCAAAAUGCUCAAACCUGGGUUGUCUUCGUUCGAUAAGGAUACCAUAGGUGCAGCAAAGUCUUUGGAUCCUCUAUUACAGGUGGCACUGGAUACCAUCCCCUCAGAAGAACGGGGAUGUUCUCCGGUAUCAGUUAAGGCCACCGCUGGUUUAAGAUUAUUGGGACAAGAAAAGUCUGACGCCAUAUUACAAGAGGUCAGAAGUCAUCUUGAAAAUGAUUUUCCUUUCCCUGUGGUUUCUGGUGACGGUAUUUCGAUCAUGGAUGGAGGUGACGAAGGUGUCUAUGCUUGGAUUACAAGUAAUUAUUUGUUGGGAAAUAUUGGAAGUGAUGAGAAGUUGCCAACUGCUGCCGUGUUUGACCUUGGUGGUGGCUCCACACAGAUUGUUUUUGAACCUGUUGAUGGAGAGAAGAUGAUUGAAGGUGAACACAAGUACAAAAUUGAUUUUGGUGGCAGAAGCUUUGUCUUGUACCAGUAUUCUCAUUUGGGAUACGGUUUAAUGCAGGGAAGACAAAAGAUUAAUGCGUUGGUUCUUGAUCUCUUGAUCAAGAGGGGAAAGGUGUCUAAUUUGAAACCUCUUACAGAGUCACAAAUGGAAAAUGUCAAAACAUUGCGUUCUGAUAUAACCAUAAAGCAUCCUUGCGUUCCUCCAGGAGUCACUGCUGAAAAUGUCAAGGUGGAAAUGGAGGAUGGAUCUGCAUAUCUAGUGAAUUUUGUGUCUCCAGCAGAAAACGAGAGUGAUCCAUUGGCUGCAACUGCUUCCACACAAUGUCGAUUCUUGGCUGAAAGUGUGCUGAAUAAGGAUGCCGACUGUGAGUCGAAAUCAUGCUCUUUCAACGGUAUUUAUCAACCUUCCCUAAGACAUCAGUUUCCCGUCGGUUCCGAUAUGUUCGUCUUCUCAUACUUUUACGAUAGAUUGAAGCCUAUUGGAAUGCCUACGUCAUUUUCAUUACAGGAAAUGCUCGACCUUACUCAGCUAGUGUGCUCGGGAUCGUCCAUUUGGAAUGAAUUCUUUCUUCAGAAGACUACCAUUAAUGAGCUUCAAGAUGAACCAUUAUGGUGCCUGGAUCUUUCUUUUAUGACUACACUUUUGCACACUGGGUAUACUUGGAUGUAA